AUGCCAAGCUAUGAUUGUUGCUCCUGCAGUGAAACUCUUGCCAGCAAGAAGGACUACAAUUUACACAUCAAGAAGUGCAGUCCCAGGGCCACCAUUUACCUAGCCCAUACCAAACAAGUCAUAGCUCUAGAAAGGAAUCUGGAGGGGGACUUCAUCUGUUAUUGCUCUCACAGUAGUUGUCCCAGGCCAUUCAAGUAUGCUAGUAGCCUUAGAGCUCACAUCCAGAAGGCUGGCACUACAUGGAUUGGUGAUGGUAGCAUGGGUCAACCACCCAUGGAACAACUUGCCUUGGCCCAUGAUGGUGGAGAAGCAGGUGGUCCCAGUGGUACCAUGAAACAACCUGGCAUGACCCAAGGACAAGGGAUUGGAGCUGGACCCAGCAGGGACUCGCCCCAUGAAGAGGAAGGAAAAGCUAGUGGUCCCAACAAGGACUUGCAUGAUGAGAUCAGUGAGAGUGACAGCAGUCAUGACAGCAAUGCAGGUGGUCCCAGCAGGGCCAGCAAGUAUUUGCAUGAUGAGAUCAGUGAGAGUAACACCAGAGAUGUGAGUACCAUGCCCAUAGCUAUUGGAAACAAGGGAAUGAUGGAUGGUCAUGGCACACCAGUUCCAUCAAAGGUCCUUUGGAUCACCAGGAAACAGAUAUUGGAGGAUUUGGGUCAGAUCCCAUCUCCUAACUGGUCGAUGCCACAAGAUGAAAUCAUGCAUUCACCACCACCACCACCAGAGGGUGAUGUGAGGAUGGUGUCACCUAUGGCCCACAAGUCAGUCCCUCCCCAAAAAUCCCCUCAAGCACCAGCACCACGAUUGCCAUCUCUCAUGUCAGCAAUCCAAGCCCACAACCAGAACACUGGCAACAUUGUGCCAUCUUUAGCACAAAGGUCACAGCAGCCAAACUUGCCAUUGACCACAACCCCAGGACUCAUCUCCAAUGGGUUUCUGGAUUCAUUGAACCUUGCAGUGAAUGCAGAGUUCCACUUCCUGACAUGCCAAGUCUGUGAAAUGGCAUUGAGAGAAGGAGAAGUCAAGAGCCAUCUGGCAAAGAUCCAUGGCAGACAGGCAACCUACAGUGACAUGACCUUGAAGCUGGCCAUGGCAUCACUGGAGGUGACAGAACAGCUGCCCACUGGUAUUACUGGGCCUAGAACCAUUGUCCAUGGUCUAAAAGUCAUUGAGGCCAUGGCUUGCAGUCACUGUGACUUUUUGUCCAGGUCAACAGAGCGUCUGCGGAAACAUCACUCCAGAGAUCAUCCAAUGGAAACUAGACCAAAACAUUGGAGAGCUUGCAAGGUACAGCAUUUGAAAGAAAGCUCGGGGGAACUGCAGGCAUUCUGGGAGGUUGAGGAUGCAGACAAGCAGAGCCAACCAACAGCCAGACAGGUACUGGUGGACUCGCUGCUCAAAGAACUGGAGCCCACACUAGAGGUGGUCCAAUCACCACCAGAUGGUCGCAUGAUCAGCCCUUGGUUGUUGACAACACAGUGGCAUGAACACCUUGCUGGCAAGAACAUCAAACAGCAGUGUGGCCUGGUCAUGUUACCCAAGGCAGAUGAUGGUCUCAUUCCUGGACUGAAGGAGGUGGUUCAAGCAUACUAUCAAAAGGCCCUCAGUCUGCUGGAGCACACAGGAGAGAUUGUCCGGAAAAGGUUGAAUUCCCCCAAUCCCAUGAAAAGUGGCCUGUCCAACACACCCUUCCACAAGCACCUGUAUGAGUCAACCAUGAAACAGUACAUCAUCCCAGUGGUGAUUCUGCUGGCAAUGUUGAUCAGACAACAGUACAGUGGAGGGCCAUUCUCUGGUUCAAAUCCCAAGCUGUUAGAUCUCUUGGCAGUGCUUCGCAUCGGUCAAGAAGACACAGAAGCAUUGUCGCUCAUCCAUGAGUUGCUGUUCCAGCUCUGGAGCACAGCAUGGAAGCAUCAAGGAGACAGGGACAUUGUGGAUCCCACUGAAAGGUGUCUUGCCCUGAUGACUCUCAGAGAAGAUGGUGCCUUCAAAGAGCCACAUCAAGUCACCCCGAUCAUAGCCAGGUUGGAGUACUGCAUGCGACUCACCUUUCUCAUGGAGAUCCACAGUCGCAUGGAGUCAGACCCACAGAAGGAUGAAGAGGAGCACUGUUCAGACCUGGAGAGCUUCUUUGUGGAGAAUACCCGAUAUACUUUCUCCCGUCUGUGUUCCCUGCAACACAGAGCGACUUCCCUGGCCUUGGACACCAUGAGCCUUCCUCGAGUGUGGUGGACAGACACCAAGACCUGGAAGACCAUGUUGUACAGAGGGGAGCAGGUGGACUUUGCUGAUCUCUGCAAGGUCUUUGAAGGGACAGAGGUCAAGCUGGUAGAGGCAUGGGAACAGGGGAUCCUGAUGGGCCAUGACAUCAGAGCAGACUAUGACAAGAUUGCAGAGGACUUGGUCAACAAAGACGUUGGCUACUCCUUCCUUUCUGAUGUCAGAAAUCCACAGCUUGCAGGUAGGGAUAGGCUGGUGAAGCACUUCCUAGAAGAUGAGGACACAUUUGCCCACUUUGCCAUGAUCAGGCAGGGAGCCAUCAUAUGGAACACUGGUGCCCUUCAAGCAUGGUUGAAGAAGUAUGCAGAGCUGCAAAGCUUGCUACUUUUGCGAGCCCAGAUGCUCAGUGGGGCUCCAAGUCGUGGCACAGAACUAACUGCCAUGACCUAUCGCAACACCCAGACCCGGCCAACUCGGAACCUGGCAGUACUGGGAAACCAUGUCUCCCUCCUUUGUCAAUACCUCAAGACAACAGCAUUGACAGGGAAAGACAAGCUGAUCCCUCAUGCCCUGGAUGGCAUCACCAGUGACAUCUUGGUGCAGGACCUGGCCUUGGCACGGCCAUUUGCAGAGAUUGCAGCCAAGGCAUGUUUCCCAGACAAGCCAGAGGUGGUGGAGCUGUAUCGCAACCACAUCUUUGUCAACUACGAUCGCCUCUUUGACUCCAAAGACCUGUCAACCAUCAUGAGCAAGCACAGCCUUCCCAUCAUGCACUUUGGGCUGACCAUCAACUCGUGGCGACACAUCCAAACAGCAUGGAAACGAAAGCUUGGCUGUGCAGUGGAGGAUGUGAUAGAGAUGGACAGGGAAGACAAUGUGGAAGCCCUGCAGGCAGGCCACAGUCGAUCUACAGAAAACCGAGUGUAUGGCAUCAGCAUGGAUGCUCUGGCUGGAGCUGCAGAGGAUGUGCUACCUGCAUACCUCAAUGCCAGCAUGGAAUGGCAAAGGCACUGCCAGGUGCCAGUCGGUGGCCAGUCAGCAUCAUACAAGACUGCACGGACACAUGCCCCAUCCCCAUCCCCACCCCCACCCCCACCCCCACCUGCAUCAGAGCCCAGGGAAAACAAGCGACCGGUCACCUAUUCCAUGCCAACGGAGGCAAUCCAAAAGGCCAUGGUAGAUGCAGUGGUGGCCAAACUGCCAUCCACAGAUGAGAUUGCCACCAAGGUGAUGGACAAGCUGAUGCCUGCAUUGAAGGGAAUGUUGCAGGAGGUGCUUCGAUCCACCACAGGAGGCCCAUCAGAGAGGACGGAUGAAGGAAAAGGGAAGGAGAGGGAGAAAGAGCAAGGGCAGAGCACCAGUCAUGCCAGGAUCCAGUCUGGAAUAAGCGACCGGUCGCCUAUCUGGGACCUCAGCGAUGUUGAACUUGAGCCAAGGGACGACAUACAUGACCAUUCUACAGAACCCAGCACAAGUGGUCAGUCAGCUAUUUUGGGUCAAGCCCUGCAGGCGAUGCAGGGCCUGCUCAAGAACCCAUCAGCAACCUGGAAAUCAAAGGAACAAGGUGCCUGCAUGGCAACAGUCCUCAAAGGACAAACAGACCUGGUAGCAGUGCUGGGUACUGGAGCUGGAAAGUCCAUGUUAGCAAUAAUUCCCAGCAUGGUGCAACCAAGGGAAGCCACAGUGCUGGUCUUGCCUCUGAAUUCUCUCAUGCUGGACUACCAACGACGGCUGGAGGAGUUCAGAGUGCCAUAUCAAGUCUAUGCAGCAGACAAGCCCCUGAACUCGUCCACCAAUUUGAUUCUGGUCACGGCUGACAGGACAUUGACAUCGCAGUGGCGGGCUGCCCUGGCAGUGCUCAGCCAAAGCAAGAAGGUGGCCAGGCUGAUAUUUGAUGAGGCCCACAUUCCUCUCAUGGCCAAAGACUAUCGCAUGGCCUUUCAAAGCAUCCACCAACUACGCAGCAUCCCAAUGCAGCUAGUGCUGCUGAGUGCCACCCUUCCAACUUGGUGCAUGGAGGAAGUCAAGACCACCUUCCAGCUGGUACAGCAAACCCAGGUCAUCCGACAAAGUACAGACCGAUCGGAACUGGCAUAUCACUUGGAAAGGGUGCCAGUCAACUCCAUGCAUCGACGAGUAGCAGAAGUGUUGGAGGUGGAAGCUGGAAGCUGGCAGGAAAGGGACAGAGCCUUGGUGUUUGUGACAUCCAUAGCAGCUGGUCAGAAGCUAUCGCACUCGAUGGCAUAUCCAUUCUACAAUGGAGACAUGGGGACCUCAGACGAGGACCGACGAUGGAUAUACCAACAGUGGAUCAAGGGAUUCUACAAGGUUCUCAUUGCCACCACUGCCUUCAGUGCUGGGAAUGACUACCCUCACGUGCGGACAGUCAUUCACAUGGACCGACCAUUUGACAUGGUGGAUUACAUUCAAGGACAGGGCAGAGCAGGUCGAGAUGGACAGCCAGCCAACUGCUAUACAAUCAUUCCACCGACGUCAACCCUGCCUGACAUACAGUCCAUGGGGCUGGAAGGGGAGGCUAAAUGGGCAAUCUAUGAACUGCUGUAUUGCUAUGGGCCAAGGAGAUGCCUGCGGUAUGGGAUGACACUGUUCAAUGACAGCAAAGGGAUCAGCUGUGGUAUGGAACAGGGGAAUGAGGCAUGCACCGUCUGCCUGGAGGAGCCAGGACACAACCCAUUGGACAUACAAGUGGCUGGCACAGCCAGGCUCAAACAGCAGGCCAUGAGAUCCAUCCAAGGGCAAUCAGCAGAACAGCCUGCUCCUCUGAAGACUAGCUUCGAUGCUGCAUCAGUACUGGCACGACAACUACGAGGAGAGGAAGAGACCAAGCGAUUGGAAGAGGGGGACAAAAUAUUGGCUGCUUUGGAAAGUUUCCAGGGGUGUUGCAGCCUUUGCAGAGUGCUGAAGAAAGGUGCCAUGGAGAGACAUGGGAUCAGAGAAUGUCCACAUCUGGCUGGAGAUGGAUGGAGUGACUACGUGGAGUGGAGAAAGGGGCUCCACUAUGACAAGACCUACCACAAGAAGAUCUGCUGGAUGUGCCACGUCCCACAGAGAAAUGUCCUCAAAAAGGCACAAGAUGCAGGUAGCCACCAGCAGGAGCAGGGAGUCCCAGCAGUAAAUGAAAACAUGGCACAAAUAGGCAACCUUCUACCCAUGUGGCCAUUGCUGGAUGGCAGCAAGGAUGAGGACAGCAGUGGGGAUGAAACCAUGCCACCAUUGUUGCUGGGACCAUGCCCUGUCACCAAAUCCACAAAAUAUGAUCUGCCCACCUAUGAAGUGGCUGAAUUGCAGCUUGCAGGCAGUCACCAUGACAUUGUCAAGUUUGUCCACUUGGAUUACAUGGAGUACUUGCUGCCGCUCAUGGAGGAUCUGAGAUUUGUAACUACACGGGCUUGCUUGCUAGAGGAAGACCUGAGGGAACUGUAUGAGCACAAAGCAAAUGGGACUCUCCCAUCUUCCCUUCACAAGCGGCGACCAUCAUUCAACUGUGGUAGGGAAUAUGUCGUCAAGAUUCGUAUGAGGUGCUUGGACAUUAUGAUUGCAGAGAAAGAGGCAUCACUGCAGUUUUGCCGAACCAAAUUAGAUCUGGCCACCUGGGCACCAGAGUGGCAGGAAGUGAUCACUGGGGCAUGGGACAUGACCAUCUCCAAACUGUACUUGAGUCCUCAGAUCGUCAUGGAAGGUGGGGAAGAGAAGUUGGUGGGGUGGAAACCAUCAGAGGAAGGUCUACAGAAGCUUGCAGAAACUCUGGCAGACAUCGAGGCCAUUGGAAAGCAGGUAAUAGACAUUCAGAUUGUCAGAGACAAACUACGACGGGAUGCUACAGGGAAAAGACAAGGGGCAACAGUGGAACCCCUUCAUCUUCACAGCUAG